UACACGGUCGGUAAUUCAGGACAUGUGACACGAAGUCCCGUAAGCUGCAAUGUCUAUCCUUGUACCUCGUCUGUGCUUCGGAUAAAAUUACUGUACAAUUUGUCUGACCAGUUUAAAAUCCGCAGGCCGAAGAACCACACAUGUUUUACGUACCAUUGAAUAUCCAGGCAUAAGAGAGAGCUCUCGUUUCAAAUGGAGACGUGCAUGGCCUAGUGGAGUGGAAAACAAUUAACAUCGGCUGAUUCUUCUUAAUUCCACAUUAUUAUAAAGAAUGAAAUAAACAGUAUUCGCAUGUAUAAAAAGCCUAAAAGAAGAUGUGCAGCGAAAUUGCAUUCGUUCCACGCACACAAUAUCUAUAAUUACAGAAGCAUGACGCUUUGACAAAGUAGCGUAACAUUGCUAUCACAGAGAGUUAGAGAAAAGUGUACGCCUGUCUUCUGCGUUAUCAUGGACGUAAAUCUGUCAUUUUGAUAAUUAUACGUUACAGGUUAAAGAAAACGGAUUUUGUCGGGUUAUUAAUUAAGAUUUUGAAAGAAUCGAUGGCCAACAACAUUUAAAAACAAUCGUUGGAUAGACGCGUGUCGAAUCGAUAAUUUUCUCUGCGCAAAAAUCGUUCUUGUAGACGGUAUCACUUAAAUUCGAAUUCGAUAAAUGGUUUGUUAGUUUUGAGUAUCACGAUUUUGCGAUGCGAAAGCUUAAUCUUAUGUUUAUAAAUUGGUGACGUUAUGGAGCUGAAAGUAUGGGUAGAAGGCAUACAGCGUAUUGUUUGUGGUGUUACAGAAACCACUACAUGUCAGGACAUAGUGUAUGCUCUUGCUCAUGCUACAGGACAAACAGGUAGAUUCACUUUGGUAGAAAGAUGGAGAACAAACGAGCGUCUUUUAGCUCCAUAUGACAAUCCGUUAAAGAUUUUAAUGAAGUGGGGGGAAUAUUCAUCAGAAGUACAGCUUAUAUUAAGACGCUCAACACCGGAUAGCAAUAAAGCUCCUAGUUCAUUGGGCACACGUUUGAAUCAUGGUCCACGAUCAAACGGAGUGGUUAGCUCUGCUUCAGAGCAUGCCACUACGCCUACUGGUGGACAGGAUGAUACCAAGAAUGCCACUACAACUUUAAACUCUGAAUUUGAUGAUUUCCAAGGAUGUCUUGAUAGAAAUCGUGAUACCAGAAAAUCAUUAACAUUUGGAGGAUUGCAUGGAAAUAUGAUGGAGAAUAAUACAGAAAUUCAGAUGGAAAAUGUUGCCAUAGUUCAACCUACACCUCAUUUAAAAAAUAAGGAAUUGAGCAUAAGAAAAAAUAUACAAAAACCAGCACAGUCUCCCACUCGUGCCAGCAGCAGUGAAAGUAAUACUCAUGUAUCACAGAAGAAAGUGCGCGAAGUUCCACCUUAUAGGGAUCCUCCAGGACCUGGUUCUCCGCCUUUAAGAACUUUACCCCCCUAUAGGGAUCCGCCACCACCUAAUUUAAAUAGUCCGGGAAGAUCACAGUUUCAAUCUAGUACAAAUAGUGGAAGUCCUCAUGUUCACAAGGAGGAUCAACCGUCUUCUAGUAAUUCUGUUAAACUGAAGAGAAAUCUCAUUCAGGAAUUCCAGGAUACGAAAGGACAGACUCAGUCUGUAAAUCAGUUAUCUGGUCAAGCCCAAAAUAUGGUCACUGUUGCUUACACUCAACGAUAUGUUGAACUUAUUAGGCUAGUCAAUAAGCAACGUGAUACCAUUAAUGCACAACAAGCGGAACUUACAAAAUUUGACGCUGAAAUAUUAUAUUGGGAAACUAAAAAUAGAAAGCAGAUGCAUCAAAUGGAUUAUAUUUCCCAGGAAGUAACCCGCAUGGAAUCUACUGGUCGUCUUAUCGAAGAGCAGUUGAAAGAACUAGCACGUGUAGAAGAGGAAAGCGAAAUAGUUAGACAACAAGAAAAAACACUAAAGUCAGAAAUUACUUUAUUAAGAUCAAAAUUAGCAAACUGUGAAACGGAGUUGCUUCAGUGUAAAAAUAAAAUCAGAUUAGUCAUGGAGGAACUCGCCAUAGAACAGCAUAACAUAAGUCGUGAAACCGAUGAAAGGCAAAUAAUGGAACGUAAAAUAAUUAGCGAAGUUGAGCAUCUUCAAAAUGAGGUGGAACAAGCCAAACGAUCUGCUGAGUUAGCUUCACAGUGUGCAGAGUCAUUGAAGCUUGAAGUAGUGAGUCUAGAAUCUGCCAUUGUUGAAAAGAAAUUGCAAGUAGAACGAUUGGUAGCUGAUAUGAAGGAAGCUAAUUUACAAAGUCUGGCUGUUGCUUGCCAAGAUGAACAAGUCAAAUCGUUAUUAGAAGGUGCUCAUAAGCCGGGUAGUACACGGAAAAUGAUAGGUUCCCCGAGGCAAUUAGAGACUGCAGUACCCACCAGCAAAAAUCCACACGGUGUUUGGGUAUAAAUGUACAUUACAUCAAUGUAUUUCAAUAAGUCAAACAUAACAACUUUUAUUCCUUUAAUAUUUCGUGUAAAGAAUAUGUGCUCAUAUCCGCGCAAAAAAAAUCUAUUUAGAUUGUGGUUGAGAUUUUUAUUCGGCUGAAAUUGGCUCCUGAAUUUACAUGACAGAAUUAUAAAUGACUGAAUUCAUUUCUUUAGAUUCCUGUGCAUUAGAAACCAAAAUGUCUACUUAAAGUUUAUGAGAUGUUAGGGAGAUUAUGUGUAUCGUCACUUGAGUAGCUGCCUAAAUUCGUUGAUUUCAUUAUCAGUGACUGCUUGAAUUUUAUCUGUAGAAAAUUCAUGAUCGAAACAAGGUGGUUGAAACUCACCCACUCCAUGUGAAGUCAUAUCCUCUUCAAGUGAAAGAGGAAAUGAAGACUUCCUCCAAAUGUAACCACAUUAAAAUAAGGAAUUGCAAAGGAUAACUGGAGGAUUAGAUUGUGCAAAUAUAGUUUGAAAGUUGUUAUGAGAUUUUUAUGAGAUGGGUGAACAUUUAUUAAGAAUGUUAAAAGCAAAGAAAGUAUUUUCCUUUUGUAUUCUUUGUGAACACAAUUUAUUAUUGUCGUUCAUUUCAUCCACUGGCCAUAUAAUUUUCAGCAAACUUAGAUGUAAGCGUCAAAUAGUAAUCAUUUUAAAUAUUAUUCUCGUAUAUGAAGGAUUAUAGAUACCAGACAAUACAUUUAUCCAAAGUAUUAAAAACUGUAAACCGUACAACGCUCUUCCAUUGUACGGUUUUAAAAAAUGUACUUAGAAAUUGUUGCCGGCAGCACGAAAUACUUUCUCAAAAUAAUAUUCUAUAUUUUCUAUAAUCAAAAUGAUUCUGUGAAUUAAACGCAUCUACAUACUGGUGCACUAUGUAGUUAGAAUACGAAUGUAGUACGUUUACUAUAUGUAUCUUGUACAUAUCGUUGAAAGUAUGUGAUAAAGAAGUCUGAAAGACAUUAUCGAAACAUUCUAGUUUGCAUUAUUCAUAUUUUUAAAUAGAUAAGAAGCUAUCUUCUUUCAUUCCAAAAGCAAGCUCUUUAUAUAAUAGGUCAAAUUGAGUCCGUUAAUCGAAGUAAACUUUAUAUUAAUUUUAUAUAAUAGAUCUAUCUAGUAAUUUUCAUUCUUCUAUACAUUCAUUAUCAGCAUGCAUUUUAGAUCCAUAUCCACAAACUGCCAUUAUCAUUAGUA